AUGGAGGAUAGCUUUUUUGAUCAUAUCGAAAUUGUGAAUCCAAUCAUGAAUAUGCAAAAAACAAAAGCUUAAUGUGUACAAAGAUGUUUAAAUUAACAAUUUCAAUCUUGUAUUAAGAAUUCACAGCAAAAUAUUUAAUCUCAAAAAAGAUAAGAAUCAUUUCAUGGUUAAAGUUAUUUCAUCUAAAAUAUAAAAAACCAACCUAAAAUUAGUUCAAUUUAAUUAUCUAAAUCAAGUAAUAUAUAUCUAAGAUUAAGAGUCUUUUAUCAAUGCUUUGAAAAUUCUGAAAUAAAAUAAUGAUUCAUAUUAGUCUAAUUUAAGAUAAAAAACACUAACUUCUUAUUAUGCUUCAGAUUUAGUUUAAUUACUAAAAUGUAGGAGCAGUAAUAAGAAGUCUGCCAACUGUCAAACUCAAAUGUAUAAAAAAUAACAGAUUUAAGCGAGAUAAUUACAAUAAAUAAAACAAUAAUUAAAUGAAUUUAAUAUUCGAAAAAGUAAUUCGGCAUACAUUCAAACUAUAUUAAAAUGA